CUAAGUACAGGCUCCAUCACACCCUUACAAUCAAUUGAUCUGUCUAUUCUUGCUUCUUUCUUUUCCUUAGAAAGAGUAUUCACAAUGGGCGACGCUGGAACUCUCCCUAACCGCGCUGUCAUCCGCAGCAUCAACCCCAAUUACAUCGGAUUCGACUAUAUCGGCUGGUACGUUGGCAACGCCCGGCAGACGGUGUCCUACUUCGUCAACCACUACGGGUUCUCGGUGCUGGCGUACCGUGGGCCGGAGACCGGUUCGUUCGCAACGACGGCCUACGUUAUCGGCAAUGGCGCCGCUCGGUUUGCUAUCACAGCGCCGCUUAGCUCUCCCAAUAGCUCAUGGGAUACACGGGCCAGCGAAGACGAGCGCACGUUCUGUGCUGACCUGCACGCCCACCUGACUAAGCAUGGCGAUGGUGUCAAGGAUAUCGCGUUCCAGGUAGACGACGUGCGUAGUGUGUGGGCGCACGCGGUCGAGAACGGGGCAGAGUCCGUCCGCAGCCCGGAGGUGCUCAAGAGCGACGACGGUGAGGUGGUCGUGGCCGCGAUCUCCACGUACGGCGACACCAUUCACACGUUGAUCAACCGGUCCGCAUAUAAGGGAUCAUUCCUGCCCGGGUUCAAGGCCGUCGAGCGCCCCAACAAUCUCCAGCAGCACCUGCCGAAGGUUGAUUUGAUCGAAAUCGACCACUGCGUCGGCAACCAGCCGUGGGACGGGCUGGAAGGAAUUGUCAGAUAUUACGAGAACGCGCUCAAUUUCCACCGGUAUUGGACUGUCGAUGACAAGGACAUGUGCUCUGAUUUCUCUGCUAUGCGAUCGGUGGUGGUCGCGUCACCGAACGAGGUGAUCAAGAUGCCGAUGAACGAGCCGGCGACGGGGAAGAAAAAGUCACAAAUCGAGGAAUUCUGCGACUACUACAACGGCGCAGGCUGCCAGCACAUCGCGUUCCGUACCAACAACAUCAUCGAAGUGGUCGACAGCCUGCAGAAGCGCGGUGUCGACUUCCUCUCGGUCCCAGAUACGUACUAUGUGGGCGUGAAGAAGCGGCUGGAGCGUAUGGGGACCAAGGUGGCCGAGAACAUCGACGUACUGCAGCGGUAUAACAUCCUGAUCGAUUUCGACGAGGGCGGUUAUUUGCUUCAGAUCUUCACCAAGCAUGUCGGUGACCGGCCUACCGUUUUCCUGGAGAUCAUUCAGCGCGAGAACUUUGACGGGUUUGGCGCUGGCAACUUCAAGAGCCUGUUUGAGGCGUUCGAGCGUGAGCAGGCACUCCGGGGGAACCUGUAGCACUAUGAAGUGGUUGGUUGUGGACUAGGACUUGAACAGGUUGGCUGAAUUCUUCAGGCGGAGGGUGGAGGCAGUCUACCGUUGUUAUAUAUUGCGUAUCUAAUGGUUUAGUAGUGGAGGAACUGGUGGCGCUUGCCUGAUAUAUGCUGACCGGCCAUUUUUCGCCCUACUUGCCCUGUAUAUUUUGUUUGUUUGAGUACUUCCAGAGAAGAAAAAUUGGAAGAAGCUCCAGACCAGGUGAGAUCAGUUGAUAUUGGACUCAAUUCAUCCAGGCAUCCAAUAUACCAUGGAGGUCCUUGGUUCUGCGGCAGGAGAUCUUCUGUCAGUCAUUACAUCGAUCCAUUGGUAUCUUUCACAUGAUUCAUUAAAUCCUGUUCUGGCGGGCUGUUUCUGUUUUAGGAGUACAGAAUGGGUCUAUCCUCUGCCCUCAGUUGGGUAUCAGGACGCUGC